AUGGUGUCACUUGCGCAGUUCAUAUCGUCCACGGACGGCGUGCAACGCAACGCCGUGCCGUUCGCGUUUGGUGCGCUAGCUCACCUCUUUUGUUUCCGCGUCGGCGACUGGGAUCUUCAGACGACGAAGCUGCUCGCCGCGUUUCUGGCCACGCAGGGGCUGCUCGCAGUGUACAUAUUCAAAUCCGACGUGGACGGCCUUGCCACGGCGUGGCAGUCGUGGAAGAUUGCAGCGCAGCUCUCGUUUUCCUUUCUCGCGGGCCUUUACGCCAGUCUCUUGACGUAUCGUGCGGCGUUUCAUCGAUUAAACCGCUUCCCCGGACCAUUUGCCGCCAGAAUGUCGAACUUUUACAUCACUCGGCGUUCUGUCAAGAACUUUCAGCUGUUCCAGGAAGUGCAGGAUCUGCACAAGCAGUAUGGCGAUAUCGUUCGAAUCGGUCCCUCUGAACUGUCCAUCGCAGACCCCUCGUUUUUCCACCACAUCCAUUCAAACUCGUCGCCAUUUGUCAAGGGGCCAUGGUACAAUAUUCUCCAUCCCGUCGUCUCCCUCCAGCUGGUGCGCGACAAGAAGGAGCACAGCCGACGCCGCAAGACCUGGGACAAGGGCUUUGGUUCCAAGGCGCUCCGUGAUUACGAACCCCGCGUUGUCAAGUACACGGAUCAACUGCUCAACCAGAUCAAGCAGACAGAAGGCAAGCCCAUCAACGUGUCAACGUGGUUCAACUUCUACAGCUUCGACGUCAUGGGCGAUCUCGCCUUCGGCCGCAGCUUCGACAUGAUGAAGGACGGCAUCGUGCACUACUACAUGCAGGCCGUGCACACCAGCAUGCAGGCCGUCGCUGCGUUCAGUCACCUCGUGUGGAUUUUCCCGCUCUUCAAGGAGAUUCCGGGUCUCAAUCAUGAGCACCUCAAGUUUCAAGCGUGGCUUCACCAGCACGUCAAACAGAGGCGGGAGAACAAGCCGGAGAUUCCAGAUGUCUUCUCUGGAAUUUUAAACGACUACGAGACCCUCGAGAAGCCGACGAAGCAGGACAUGGUCAACCUCGUCGGCGAUGCGCACCUGAUUGUCGUUGCUGGAAGCGACACGACAGCCGCCUCCCUCACCUGCCUCUUCUACAACCUGGCGCGCAACCCGCAGGUCAUGGCCAAGCUCCAGGCGGACCUCGACGCGUACCACGUCGAGCAUGAGCAGGCCGACCACCUGUCGCUCUCGAAGCUCAAGUACCUCCAGGCGUGCAUCGACGAGUCGCUGCGGCUGUUCCCGCCCGUGCCGUCGGGCGUGCAGCGCAUGAGCCCGCCCGAGGGCCAGCAGAUUGGCGACGUCUUCAUCCCCGGCAACACGGUCGUGCAGGUCCCGUCGUACACGCUGAACCGGGACGCGCGGGUGUUUGUGCGGCCGGACGAGUUUGUGCCGGAGCGGUGGACGACGGCGCCUGAGCUGACGAAGGAUGCUUCGGUGUUUGCGCCUUUCUCUGUUGGCCGAUACUCGUGCGUUGGAAAGCAGCUGGGCCUCAUGGAGCUAAGGUUUGUCACGAGUCAGAUCCUGCGUACGUACGAUGUGGGCUUUGCGAAGGAUUUCGAUCCUAGCACGUUUCCCGCUGGACUGCAGGACACCUUCACGCUGGCGACAUCCAAGCUGGACUUGGUGUUCACGCGAAGAAAGGAGGUGGCGAACCCCUGA